UGGGAUAAAUGCCCCAGGCUGACCCCGCAUUCCUAUCCCCGUCCCGCCGCUCCCGGUCCCGGUCCCGAUCCUGCCCCGCUCGGCCCGGCCAUGCCGAUCCGCUUCGCCCCGCUGCGCCUCCCGCUGCGGCGCCGGCUGCAGACCGCCGCGGUCCUGCAAUGGGUCUUCUCCUUCCUGGCGCUGGGUGAGGGGCGCUGGGGGGGGACUGCCCCCCCAGACCUCAUAGUGUGUCCCCUGGUAGUCUUUGGGGAGGGGGGGUGCUGUAUCCGGUGGUGUACCCCACCCUGCGGUGUCUUGGCACCCCAGUAUCCCCUGCCAUGCUCCUGCUGCCCCCUGUCGGGGGGGGCCCCUCUCAGCCCUCCCCUUUCUCCGCAGCUGGUGAAGACGGCGCCCCUGGACCCCUCCCGCAAUUACCUCUUCGGGUUCCACCCCCACGGGGUGCUGGUGGCCGGCGCCUUCGGAAACUUCUGCACCGAGGCCACAGGGUUCGGGGAGCUGUUCCCAGGACUCACCCCACAUCUGCUCAUGCUGCCCUUCUGGUUCCGCCUGCCCCUCUUCCGCGACUACAUCAUGAGCGGGGGUCUGGUCUCCUCAGACAAGGCCAGCGUUUCCUACCUGCUGGGCCGGGAGGGUGGGGGGCAGGUGGCUGUGAUCGCAGUGGGGGGCCCCCCUGAGUCGCUGGAGGCCCGGCCUGGGGCACUGACCCUCCAAAUUCUCAGCCGAAAGGGGUUCAUCAAGGCAGCCCUGCAGCACGGCGCCGCCCUGGUGCCCGUGUUCUCCUUCGGGGAGAACGAGCUGUUCCACCAGGUGCCGAACCCCCGGGGGUCGCUGGUGCGGGCCGUGCAGGAGCGGCUGCAGAAGCUCAUGGGGCUGGCGCUGCCCCUGUUCCACGCCCGCGGGGUCUUCCAGUACAGCUUCGGCCUGCUGCCCUUCCGCAGCCCCAUCCACACCGUGGUGGGGGCGCCCAUCCUGGUGCCCCGGACGCCCUGCCCGUCCCGCGAGGCCAUCGACCGGCUCCAUGCCACCUACCUGGAGCAGCUCAUCGCGCUCUUCGAGGAGAACAAGACCAAGUAUGGGGUCCCCCCAGAGAAGCACCUCAACCUCAUCUAGGGGCGCUGCCCCCCAGAGCCUGCCGCAGCGUGCCGGGACUCUGAUACGGCGGGUGGGGAUCAGGCCCUGUGGGGAGCAGUGGGGAGGCUGCUCUGCUGGGGGGCAGUUCUUAUUGGGGGGCCCCCAUGGGGAGCCCUCAGGGGCUUGUUUUGGUUCCCCUUCAAUGGGGAGGGGGCCCUAGAGGGGAGAACUUGAAGGAACCCCAACUUGGCCGCUCCCUGCCCCCCACUUCUUGCCCCAGGGUCUGGCUGCCCAUCUCAGGGUACCCCAGCCUCCCCAGCAGGGGUGUGGGGCUGGCUAGGGGCUGUGGGGUGUGCUUCCAGCCAGCCUCGCUCUGAGUCAGGGGGCGUGGGGCAGAGACUGCCCUUUCUCCUGCAGACCUCUGCCCCCCCUGGAUUCGCCUUGCUGCAAUAGGGCAGCGGUUGUGAAACUGGCUGUGGGUCCCAGGGCUGUCUGGGCAGCAUCUGCCCCCCCUCCCCCAUUACUGUUUGAAGUGGGCCUGGGCCAGACUGUAACUCCAGUCCCACGGGGCUUGCAAUAAACCACCUUCCUGUG